GAGAAUAAUGCGAUGCUGUAUAAGUUGAAAGUUGUCACGGCCAUUUGCGAAGCUCAUAGAAUCAAAAAAUUAUCAUGGUUCUUCCAGAGUCCUGACCUGAAUCCUAUAGAGAAUUUAUGGGAUGAAAUGAAAGAGGCAAUUCAUAAAAAAUCACCUGUCCCGUCAAACCUUAAAGAAUUAAAAAAUAUGUGA